CAUGCGCGCCGGAAGGGACGGCUGCAGUCGCGUGCGCCGUGGAGUACAGUCGGACAUCUUAGGCGCAGACAGUCAUGUACCGCUGUGUGAGCAUCGUGAGGGUCGCGUCCCGCGGGCUCCGCUCCAGCCUUGCACCAUGCGGCUGCGCUGCGGGGAGCAGGACUCUUACAGCGGCCUUUAACUCUGCAGCUGCUUCCCUCCCGACGCCGGCGUCGUCGUUUGGCGCGAGAAGGUGCCCCGCACGGCGCCGCCACGAACCCGGCCUCGCGCUCAGCUGCACACUGCCGCACGCGCUGUCCGGGCGCACUUACAGCUCGCAGCAGGCGGACCCGGCCGAAGAGGAGGAGCCUCUGCACACCAUCAUCAGCGACACCGAGAACGUCCAAGGCUCCUUCUCGAAGCAUGAGUUCCAGGCCGAGACAAAGAAGCUGCUGGAUAUUGUGGCCCGGUCCUUGUACUCGGAAAAAGAGGUGUUUAUCAGAGAACUUAUCUCCAACUGCAGCGAUGCCCUAGAGAAGCUGCGGCACAGGCUAAUAUCAGCAGGGGGCGACACUGCACCCAUGGAGAUCCACCUGCAAACUGAUGCUGCCAAGGGCACAUUCACCAUACAGGACACAGGUAUUGGGAUGACUCAGGAGGAGCUAGUUUCCAACCUGGGGACCAUAGCACGCUCUGGUUCUAAGGCCUUCCUUGACGCAUUGCAGAACCAGACAGAAGCCAGCAGCUCUAUUAUUGGCCAGUUUGGUGUGGGUUUCUACUCUGCCUUCAUGGUUGCUGACCAAGUGGAUGUGUACUCCCAGUCUGCAGAACCCGGAAGCCCCGGGUACAAGUGGUCCUCUGAUGGCUCGGGCGUCUUUGAGAUUGCUGAGGCCAGUGGAGUGAGGCAGGGCACCAAGAUCGUGCUGCACCUCAAGGAGGACUGCAAGGAGUUUUCCACUGAGGACCGUGUCAAAGAGGUGGUGACUAAAUACAGCAAUUUUGUCAGUUUUCCAAUUUUCCUAAAUGGGCGGCGGCUAAACACACUGCAGGCCCUGUGGAUGAUGGAUCCCAAGGACAUCAGCGAGUGGCAGCAUGAGGAGUUCUAUCGCUAUGUGGCACAGGCAUAUGACAAGCCGCGCUACACACUGCACUACCGUGCAGAUGCACCACUGAACAUCCGCAGUAUCUUCUAUGUGCCAGAAUCGAAGCCCUCUAUGUUUGAUGUGAGCCGGGAGAUGGGCUCCAGUGUGGCGCUCUAUAGCCGCAAGGUUCUAAUCCAGACCAAGGCUACGGACAUCCUACCCAAGUGGCUACGCUUUCUACGUGGAGUGGUGGACAGUGAGGACAUCCCUUUGAACCUCAGCAGGGAGCUGCUUCAGGAGAGCGCCCUCAUCAGGAAGUUACGGGAUGUCUUGCAGCAGCGUGUGAUUCGCUUCCUGCUGGAUCAGAGCCGGAAGGAGCCAGAGAAGUACGCCCGCUUCUUUGAGGACUAUGGGCUCUUCAUGAGGGAGGGCAUCGUCAUGACAGCUGAGCAGGAUGUCAAGGAAGAUAUUGCCAAACUCCUGAGAUUUGAGUCCUCGGCGCUACCUGCAGGUCAGCGAACCAGCCUGCAGGAAUAUGCCUCACGCAUGAAAGCUGGCACUCGCAGCAUAUACUACCUGUGUGCCCCAAAUCGCCACCUAGCUGAGCACUCGCCCUACUUUGAAGCCAUGAAGCAGAAGGAUACAGAGGUGCUGUUCUGCUUUGAGCAAUUUGAUGAACUCACCCUGUUGCACCUGAGGGAAUUUGAUAAGAAGAAGCUCAUCUCUGUUGAGACUGAUAUUGUGGUUGACCACUACAAGGAGGAAAAGUUUCAAGAUAAUAGACCAGCAUCUGAGCGUCUGACUGAACAGCAGGCUGAAGACCUGAUGGCCUGGAUGAGAAACUCACUGGGCCAGAGAGUCACCAAUAUCAAGGUGACCCCUCGCUUGGACACGCACCCUGCUAUGAUCACAGUACUGGAGAUGGGUGCUGCUCGACACUUCCUGCGCACCCAGCAGUUGGCCCGCAGCUCUGAGGAAAGAGCGCAGAUACUGCAGCCCACCUUGGAAAUCAAUGCUGGUCACAGCCUCAUUAAAAAGCUGAAUGAACUGAAGGAUUCAAACCCUGAUCUGGCCCAGCUGCUCCUGGAGCAGAUCUAUGACAAUGCCAUGAUUGCAGCUGGCCUGAAUGAUGACCCGAGACCAAUGAUCUCACGCCUGAAUGACCUGCUGACCAAGGCACUGGAAAAGCACUGAGGACAGUCAUACUUUGUCUCCAUCAUAAAGCCUCCACAGUGUCCCUUGUGACACUAAUCUCAAACCUCUGACUUGACCCCAUGUCCUCCAGUCCAUCCCCACCUUACUGAGAGGAGGAAAUGUGGGCCUCAACUGACAGUGGGAUUGUGCUGACUAAUGUAAAAUGUGAAAUGGAGUCAGGGGAAGCUCACCACCUUCAACUCUGGUGCCUCUUUCCUUACACCAUGGAAAGACCCUUUCAAGUCUCUACAGCUUUUUAUUUGGCAGCUGGUUGUACAUCUGUAUAAACAUCAGGUAUGAUUCGUUAUGAAAAAGAUGGUUUUUGUGAUGAACAGGAAUUGGUUAAUUUCCGCAAACUUAGAUUUUUAGGGUUACCUGUACCGGACCCUAUUUUCCCGCACUCACAUUGAAUACAGAUGGCUGUUACUACUACUAGUAUUUUAAAGGUAAUCAAAAUAUUAUUUAAAAAAAAAAAACUGAAAACGUGAUUGGAUUUGUAUGCCGAUGUUAAAAUUCUCUAACGUGGGUACAUUUUUUGGGAAAACAAAUCUUCUCUCACCCGGUUUACAUUUCAUUUUGUUAUCUAAGAAAGUGUAAGACCUGUUUCUCAAGGUAAUAAUACUUCAAGGAAGUAUACAUGAAUCUGUAAUUGGAGUAUUUUUUUUUUUUUCCUCAUAAAUUCUUGAACUACCAAAAAACACCUUUAUUUAUUUCAGGAAGCGUGCUGUUCUCCUUUAUUUCCAGUAGAGAUGUUUUGUGGUGAUAUGGUUGUCUGAAUUAUAGGGACUCGAAUCCUGUGUCUCGUGCAGUAUGAAAGUGAGAUGUUGAAGUUCUCCGUUUGCAGUUCAUCAGAAUUACAGAACUUCAAAUUGGAUUGAGGGAGAUUGGGGAAAAGUGGAGCAGUCAAAGGUACAUUCAGCUUCCAGUCCUACAUCCUGUAUUUGUCACCUGAAAUAAAGUUACAGGUUCAUAUUAGUUCAGAUGGAUUACUGUGUUUAUGCUUUGUGUUUGGUGUUUCUUAAUGUUGGUGAUCAGGAACACAAUGAGACUGUCCCCCAUAAACAUGCAAUCUGCUUUAAACAGA